CUUCCUUAUAGGAGACGAGCCAAACACACAGGGCACAGUACACAGGGAAGAUGGAGGGACGGGGAAUCGUCCAUCUUGUAUUGUUCUCCUGUCAUUUAAUAUUGGCAUUUGCUGAAGAUGGACCCAACAAUGUGACAAUUCAUUAUACCGGCGACGGUGAGGAAUUAUGGGAAGGGAGUGGAAAAAUAACCAUGACUUGUAAUGCAGACUGUAAUCCACGAUGUAAUUAUUGGAUACGUCACAAUGGAGACUGGAGUUCUUCACAAAAGACGAAAGUGCUCACCUUGGAUCGGAAAAACUCGGGACAGUACAGCUGUACAGCCAGGAAUUCUGUGCGGGAGACUAAUGUAAAGUCCUCUAACACGAUCAGACUUCAUAUCAAAUAUAGGACUGUCAGGUUAUCAUCCAUAAAGAAGAAUAUUACACUUGAGGUGAACCGCAACCUUCCAUCCAAUGUUGUGUGUGCCAUUGACUGUAACUAUGAAGGUUGUGGUUCUUCUGCCAUCACGGUUCUGAGGAAUUCCGAGGUCUACAAUACGAUGUACACUAACCAGAGCAUAUUUCAACGUCGACAAGCACUUCUUUCAGAUGACGGAAUUUAUAAAUGUAAAUUAUCGGACAACACCGAGUCAGCUGAAAACUUUCAAUUGGCCAUUCUCUAUGGACCAAGAAACGUCAGAAUUAUGAAGGACUGGAGAAAUGCUGAUGCUGAAAUUGUUCUGAGAGAGGGGUAUACCAGUACUUCGCUGACAUGUUCAGCAGACUGCAAUCCAGCAUGUAAGACAUCGUGGUAUAAAGAUGGGCAACUGCUGUCUCAUCAACAACACAAUACCUUAAAUAUUAGAGCCUAUAGACGAGAAUCUGGAAACUAUAAAUGUGUAGCAAGUGGAGUUCAAGGGACUGUAUAUUCUACACAGGUGAAAAUAACAGUUCAAUAUGGUCCAAAAAAUGUAACCAUUCAGUAUACCAGCGACACUGAGGAAUUGUGGGAAGGAAGUGGAACAAUAACCAUCACUUGUAAUGCAGACUGUAAUCCACCAUGUAAUUAUCGUAUAUAUCGCGAUGGGGUCUGGUUUUAUACAGGAAAGACGAAAGUGCUCGCCAUGGAUCGCAAAAACUCGGGAAAUUACAUCUGCACAUCUAAAAAUUCUGUGCUGACGACUUAUACAACGUUUUCUAACACAAUCAGACUUGAUAUCAAAUAUGGACCAAAAAAUGUCAAAAUUAUGAAAAGCGGAAGAAAUGCUGGUGCUAAAAUUGUUCUGAGAGAGGGGUCUCAUGGUACUUGGUUGACAUGUUCGUCAGACUGCAAUCCAACAUGUAACAUAUCGUGGUAUAAAGAUCUGAAAGUUCUGUUUCAUCAACGAGACAAGACGACCAUUUCUAUUACAUCCAACAGACGAAAUUCUGGAAACUAUACAUGUAUAGCAAGUGGAGUUGAAGGGACUGUAUCUUCUAAACAAGUGAAAAUUACAGUUCAAUAUUCGCCUAAGACUGUGAAAGUAAUGCCAGACAGUAAAGUUUAUUAUUCAAAACGAGGAGGAAGACCACUGAAGAAUAUCACAUGUCAAGCGGACUGUCUGCCAAAGUGUACUUACACGUGGAAGAUACAGAAUCCAUACCGACUGGACACAGUCUUUAAUACAGGCGACACGUUAUUUGCAAAUAUAAAUUUUACGUAUAACGAUAGUAGACGCUUUAAAUGUGCAGCAACGAAUGACGUCAGCGAAAGAGAAAGUAAAUGGAUAACAGUGGAAAAGAAGAAGGGACCGGACAGCGUAAGGAUUACAACAAAACCUCCACGUGGAAGACAACACGAACCGUUUGAAAUGGAGUGUUCGGCUACUUGCAAACAUGGAUGUCUCUCCUACCGUUGGUUCCACGAGAGAAAGUUAAUUGACAAUGGGGAACGUCUUCACUUUAACAACCUUUCAAGGACAGAUAAUGGAGUAUACACCUGUACAGUCAGAGACGACUUUGGAAAAACUUCUACAUCCUAUAAUUUGAGCGUACAGUAUGGCCCAGUCAAUGUGAGCAUUCAGUACACAAGCGAUGGAAAUAAUUUAAUUGAGAAACAAAAAUAUGUGUACCUAAAUUGUCAUGCAGACUGCAAUCCACCAUGUUCUUAUAUGUUUUACCACAACGAUAAACGCAAACAAAACAGAUUUCCUGGAUAUAUAAAUAAAACGAAAGAAAACUCAGGACGGUACAGUUGUUCAGCAAAGAAUUAUGUAGCAGACACGCCCACAAAUUCCAGUACUUCUGUUGAUAUCUAUAUACAGUAUAAACCGAGAUUAACAGUUUCAAAUUUUCCACGGAUCGCUGCCCCUGGCUCGCUGAAGCUUAACUUUAGUGUUGACAGUUUUCCUGCAUCAAAUGUGACAAUAUUCCACAAUGAGGAGAAGUUGGAUUUCUUUCCCAAUUUCACAGGAGACAAAACGUAUAAAAUAAACAUUAGUUCUUGUCUAGAUGAAGGGAAAUACAGAAUUGUUGCUGAGAAUAUUGUUGGAAAGCAGUCAACCUCUAAAAAACUUACUGUUCAGUGUGCUCCUAUUAUUAUCACGUCUUCAAAUACCACAAACAAAGGUUUUGAAAUUGGAGAUGCAUUGAAUCUGACAGUGAAGUUUAUGGCAAAGCCAAGCCCAAAUGCAUCAUGGACAUUUUUCUCAAAGGAAGAUGUGAGGAAAGGUGUUCCGAAAAUUCCUACAGCGACCGGAAAGGGCUUUACAAGUAUCAUUGUUAGUCAUAUGAGCGUACAUGAUUUUGGAACCUAUCAACUUACAUUGAAUAAUAAAUUUGGACGAAAUGAAACAGAAUUCAACAUUCAAGGUCCCCCUCAUCCACCCACUGAACUGACUGUGAACUGUUCAAACACUGUACUAAUCCAAUGGAAGGCUGGAUUUGACGGAGGAAGCGAUCAGAGAUUUGUUAUUGAAUACACAACCAAUGUAUCGUCAUCAUUUCUCUCCCACAAUCCACAUCCGGUGACAUCAGACAAUGUCGGCCAUUUAUCUGCAUAUAUCCAUUUUCUUCAACCCUAUGUUCCUUAUUUUUUCCGAAUCGUUGCGGAAAACCGUUUUGGAAGUAGGAGGUCGGGAUCAACUGUAAAGUGCACAAUACAAGGUAUAGUUUUCAAUUUAACAACACAUUUCUUCUCCAAAAACUUUAGUGUUGAGGGUAAGUAUCCAAAGAAAUAUUCUAAACUAAGCAAGGUUAAUUCUGGUUGACAUAUAAACUCAUGGUUCCAUACAGAUACAUUUAGCCAAACACAUGUUAUUGAUAUCACAUAUAAUGAUCAAUCUGUAGUACACACUAGAGUGUAUACUUUAUGAGUAUCUUGAUAUAUUUCACAAAACAAUUCCUUAAAGUAGAAGACUGUGUUUUUGUUAAACCGAAAAUGAAUCUCGGUCCGCUUUCGGUUAGUGCAUCGAGUACCAAACAACCUACAAAUAGAACAAUGCAAAGACAAAAUUCAAGGAGCAAUUAAAAAGACAAAUUAAAAUAGAACGCAAAAAGCCCUUACAGAAAAUUGGCGGAACCGCUGGAGAUAUAAAGAAGAAGAAAUUGAGCCAUCGGUUGUUUUUCAAGAGAUGGAUUUGGAGCAGAGAUUACCCUUACGAAGUAAGUAAUGCGACAAACGAUAAAUACAAAAUAAUGACACAAUGAAAAUGUACAAUAUCCCUAUUUUUGUAUAUCUCCCUCUAUCUUAGGUGAAGUUCAUGUAUCAAUAUUAGAUUCAAUAUUGAAUAGAUAAUCCCAGUGGUACCUGGCUAUGAAGUAAGUGUGAAGACGUGGCGAACGAGAUAGAGGUAUGGAAUGUGAAUUUGUAGGGAGUGUUGGGAGAUGUCGAAGGAUUGUAGAUUUUGGCAUUCUGGUAGACAACCCUCAAAUACUGUCAGACUUUACGAUACUUUGAAUCUGACAAGUUUGGUAUCUCGUAUGUAUGGGAAGUAAGAUGUAGAAACACCUUAUACAAUCAAGCCCAUGAUAUGACGACUGACUCAAAGCACACAACGGAGAUAAGAGGAAAAAGCUUGGAAUACCAACAAUAAACUGGCAGCAGGUGAAAACUAUGGUCAUGGACAAUGAGUCUACUAUUAUUGGUGGAGUGAAGGCAACAAUGAAUCCUGGCUAAGCAAAAGGCUGACAGCAGCCAUACCGAAACGGAUUCAAAGGUGCAUAGGUACAUACGAGUAGUACUUAAGUACGUAAUUUAGAUACCAUAUUGAGAAAUGUUUCCUUUAUUGUAGGAGACACUUUGAUGUUGACCAGUUCUUACUUGUCUUGAUAUGUAACAAAAAAAAAAAAGAAUUGUUGGGGGUUGAAUGGAAAUCGAACUUAAGACCUCUACAUUACUAGUCCUUUGCUUUAACCACCGCGCUAUCUAUGUUGAUAUGUACUGUUAAUGGUGAAGAUAACGAACAGUGAUCAAUCUCACGACUCCUAUAAGCAAUACAAAACAGAUAGUUGGGCAAACACGGACAAUUUGAUAUAUUAGAGGUGGGACCAGGUGCCUAGGAGGAGUAAGCACCCCCUGUCGACCAGUCACAGCCGCCGUGAGCCUAAAACCCAAAACUUCAACACAUACAGAAAUUGUUCUUUCAAUACUUUAUGCAUAUGAUGAUGGAAUAUAGCUGCAUAGAUAUGACAAGUUGACAGUGGGGAAGCUGAGGUAAUCCCGUUUGUCAUGAUGUUGAUAGUUUGCCGUUAACAUUUAUAUUCAUCAUAAAAAUCUAACAACGAAGCCCAUAUGGGAUCUGGAAGACAUUGAUGUCUUUUAUUUCGAUUUCACUGUAUCUGUAUAUGCCAAAUUCUUAAUAUUUUCGUUGCAAGGAAUUGUACUACAUUACAGUUCAAAUGAACAUGUGAUGGAGUUAAUAAGAGAAUUAUUAUUUUGAUUUGAUGAAUGGUGUUUUGGUUUACAGUGAAGAUGAUCGCAAUUUCAUCUAAUUCAGGAUACGUUUAUAGUGUCUGUUUAUUCAUACAUGUCUUUUAAAUAGCAGGUGAACAUGAGUCAUGUGGAUUGUGACGUAAGCAUGGACGAAAGGCUGUAGAUAAAAAUGGAUUCUGCAUUGGGAACCCCAGUCUGAUCUGACGUAAAAGUCACAUCAAAGAUAAUUGCAUAAGUAUAUAUGUUGCAAAAGCUGGUAAGGUUACAAAAAUGGGAUCAAUACCAACCAACUAGAAUUAAAAUUUCAACAAUGUGGUUUCUAAGAAGUCACCCAAACUUUUGUAAGUAUCAUAAUUUGUAUGCUGAAAGAUAUACCAUUAUGUUUAGGAAAUUGAAGUUACCCAUGCAUAUUGAAAUUGUCAUCAGUCAUGACAUUUUGAUAUUCCUUUAGUUUUACAGAGACUAGAUUCUCUGUAACAAUUUGUCUAAAAGCGAGGGUAAUAAGUAUAAAUCCAAGGUAAAAGAAAACGUGUUAUAUAACUCCAAAUAACUCCAAAUUAAAAGAAAACGUGUUAUAUAAUGUAAAACUUAUACGGUACCAAUUUUGAUGCACCAGAUGCGCAUUUCGACAAAUAAUGUCUCUUCAGUGAUGCUUAACCGAAAUGUUUGAAAUCCGAAAUAACAAUGAAGUUUUAGAGCUAUUAUAGCCAAAAACAGCGUGCCAAAAAAGUGGAGUCAAAUUCGUCUAAGGAUAAGAGCUAUAUAUAACUCUCAUGUCAGUUUCUUCCUAUGUGUUUAAAUUUGAAAUUUACAAGUAAACAAUUUUUUGGUAUUUUUUUUUUAGUUUUAGAAUUCGAUGUUGAAAGAGAACAGUGAUCUAUCUCAUCACUAUUAUGAAGAAUACAAAUUACGAGUAGGUCAACCACGUACCUUUGAAAAUACUAGAUGUGGGCGAUGUGCCUAGGAGUAAGUAUAUCCCUGUUAACCAGUCACACCCGUCAUGAGCCUUAUGUUACAUGCAAUUCGUGAAAUUAUCCCCCUACUAAAUCAGAAAUUUAAUUAGUAACAUUAAAGUUUACAUAAUUUAGAGAGUUAAGGAAUUUUUAAAACAAGAAUGUUUAAAUAACUUGUGUUAUUAGAAUAUAAGUGUGGUAGUUAAUUCGCAAUAUUAUCAAUGUAUGUACAUGAAGAAAACUAAAUACCAUGUUCUCUUUGAAUUCAUCCAAGGUUCUUUUUCACGUGCAAAGUUGAAAUGCAAAGUUUAAUAUAAUUUUGUUGAUUUGAUUAAUAUGUGAAUUUCAUUUGUAUAGCUAGUCAUGUCAUCAGGAGAAUUCGCUAUUAAACGCACCGGCAUACUAGAAAACAAGUUGAAUAAUCACCCUGAGCAAGUGCAAAGGAGCACAGAGCGCAAACGUCAUCAGCUGAAAUUUCAAAGAUCGGCAAAUAAUAGCAUAGGCUCUAAUUGCAUGGGUACACAUAUUUAACUUUUUCUAUUCCAGUUAAAAUGGUUGCAUGGAUGAAGUUCAUUGCAAUUUACAGGCAUGUUUUUUUUUUUACAGUUUCCAUUACGCUCCAUUGCAAAGGGUUUGCUAUUUCCAGGAAACUUAUAUAAACUUUAUAUUGUUGUAUUUUAUAUUUGAGAUGAUUAGAUGAUGGUUGUCUUUGAGCCACUAACUGUUUACCUUGUUAAAGAUCAUUUGUCAUAAUGAGAGAUACAUUUUAUUGCAGGUGAAAUCCCUAAUUAUUAGUUCAGUUUUAUACAUAUAUCAUACAUAUGAAAUGGUAAAGAGGGUACAUUUAAAACAAGUGUAGCUUAAAUAUCUUUCCAAAUGUGUUUCAGCUGACGACUACAAUGGUAAUGGGAUUUUUUACACAGAGAGAGAGAACGACAUAGGAAAUGUAACGCUGUAGAGGGACUUUUUAGUGCCAACAGGCCAAUUUCGUAUGAUCUUCAACCAAGAGACCAACGGCUUGAUAAUUAACUAGAACGUCAGAAAUAAUCCAGAUGUCUGCGGUUUGUGAGGUGAAGGAACCCAGACAUCGUCCCAGAAGUCUAAAGGCAUUAGCUGUGAAAAUGAUGGACAUUUGUAGGAAGAAUGAUGAAACACAAUGGCGUGGUUGAUGAUACGUCUAAUGGAGCUGGAAGACUGUCUUCCUUUAUACAGUUCAUAAAUUCAUUUGACAUUAAAUCAUUACUUUUUUGUCACAAUGUUUUAACAUUUGACAUCCUUGUUCUUAUGUAUAAACUUUUUAUUUCAAAAUAUCAAGAAUUGUAUAAAGUUUCAUAAAUACUCUUAAAGUUGUCACACAUAUCUACAGCAAAAAUGAUGUUUCAGGCUUGAAGCAACAUACUCUAAAUUUACUUGUCAAAGAUUACGAAGCUCACAAUGCAUUAGCUGAUGAUGCUAAAACUUGAAGAGUAAAUUAAGUUAAAUUAAGCCUUUGUUUUCAUGUGUAAGGGGUGAUGUCUUCACUUUAAGCUAUCAUAUUGUAAAGUUAUCCUUCAAGUUCCUUGCACAAAGAAAGUUAUUUCUAUUAAUUGCACUUCCAAGACAAUUGUAUUACAUUCAAUCAGUUUAUCAAAACUGAUGACAAUUCACUAUAGGGAUCAACUUAAUGGGUUUAGACAUGUAUUUAUUGAACACAUUUCAUACUCGGUAUAUUCCAUGCCAAGAAUUUCCAAGCAUAAAAUAUUAUUAACAAA